UUUGACAGAGUUGGCCGUAUGUUGCAGUCUAGCCUCGGACCGCUGCUAACUGAUUCUGAACUUAACUAUCUUAGUGCCAGCUCUCACUAUAAUCACUUUUAAUAUUACAUUGACUAUGUGAUUACUUCUAUAUCUGAAUUCCAAUCCUGGUCUUUGCCAUUCCCCACCAAGGUGGUCGACUAGCUACUCCUAGUUGGCUUCCAGUGUGUGCCAUGGCAUCUUCUGGCGCCAGCUCUGCCUGCUGCCUGGUUUGAAAUGCAGCAAUCCGCAAGCAGGCGGGCGGGCGGGCGGUUUCAAGAGGGGCAGAGAGCGAGCGAGAGAGUCCUGCCCUUUUUCAAGAUUUCCUGUUUGACAGAGAGAAGUGGUGAAACAUCAUCUCUGGGUUUAUCGAUUCUUCGAGAAAUUAAUGAGAAGACGAGGAUUAAAUUUGACAGCCUUCAGAUGGAGCGACUUUGCUUUUCCGCUUUUUGGUAUGGACUGAUACUCUUCAGCAGUUGUGUCCUUAUCGACAUAACAGAUGGAAUGGCGUUGAAUGCAAAUCGUUGUAGAGUCUGUGAUAUGCAGGACACCACCUGCUCUGGUUCAGGAUCCUGCCACUCAGAAUGUCACACCGCCAGACUUUGCCACAGUCCAGAAGAAGUCUGUGUCAGUAUUUGGAGGAAGAAGGAUGAUAAUGUCACCAUGGACACGAUCUGCCACAACCCGGCCCACAGGCUGCACGGGGUCCUGCUGGACGACUAUAACAACAGCAAGUGUGAGAUGAAGGAGAGGAAGAGCCAGGGCUCCCAGCUCUACAUGUGCUCCUGCUCAGAGGACGAGUGCAACGACCACGUCUUCUUCUCAGGCAGCAUUAGUCAUGAGACUCCUCAUGUCCCUGAUAGAGUGCCAGUGGAGAACACGCCGCACCCAGCGAGAGCCAUUGCACCUGGUCUGGCCUCAGUGGCCAAGGGCUCGGGUGUGCUGAAGAUCAAUAUGCUGUGUAGGUUCUGUGACGUGCGACCCAGCACCUGCAACAACACCGGAAGCUGCUACAGCGAGUGUGAUAUCACUGCCAUCUGCGCCAACGCUAACGAAGUCUGCGUUAGCAUCUGGAGGAGGAAAGAUGAUAAUAUCACCAUGGACACGAUCUGCCACAACCCGGCCCACAGGCUACACGGGGUCCUGCUGGACGACUAUAACAACAGCAAGUGUGAGAUGAAGGAGAGGAAGAGCCAGGGCUCCCAGCUCUACAUGUGCUCCUGCUCAGAGGACGAGUGCAACGACCACGUCUUCUUCUGGAAUGGCAAAGAAAAGGACUUCCAGGUUCUCUUUGUGAUCCUGGUCAGCCUGGUACCUCUGCUGGGUUUGGCCAUGCUGGUGAUCGUCAGCUUCUACCUCUACCGGGUCGGCAGGCAGCGCAAGCUCUGGAAGACGGCCCAAGUGGCCCGGGGCAGGCGCAAAGGCGGGCGGGCUCCAGACUUCAGCGACGUGCACGCCAUCAUGCUGGACGACGACCACUCCGACAGCAGCUCCACGCUGGCCAACAGCCUCAACCACAACAACGAGCUUCUGCCUAUUGAGCUGGACGCCCAGGUGGGCAAGGGCCGCUUUGCCGAGGUCUACAAGGCCAAGUUAAAGCAGGGCGCCUCGGCCACCGGCGAGCCCUUCCAGACCGUCGCCAUCAAGAUUUUCCUCAGCGAGGAAUACCUGUCUUGGAAGAACGAGAAGGACAUCUUUUCCGACGCCGACCUGCGCCACGACAACGUGCUGCUCUUCCUUACUGCCGAGGAGCGCAAGCUGGAGAAGCAGUACUGGCUCAUCACGGCCUACCACCCGCUGGGCAACCUCCAAGAGUACCUGGUGCGCCACGUGGUGAGCUGGGGCGAUCUGCGGACGCUGGGCAGCUCGCUGGCGCAUGGGGUGGCACACCUGCACAGUGACCGGACGCUCUGCGGGCGGCCCAAGGUGCCCAUCGUCCACAGGGACCUGAAGAGUUCCAACAUCCUGGUGAAGGGCGAUCUCACAUGCUGCCUCUGCGACUUCGGCUUGGGACUGCGGCUGGACAACUCACUGUCCGUGGACGAACUGGCCAACAGUGGGCAGGUGGGAACAGCCAGAUAUAUGGCCCCAGAGGUGCUGGAGUCCCGCAUCAACCUGGAGAACACAGAGUCCUUCAAGCAGACAGACGUCUACUCCAUGUCCCUGGUCUUAUGGGAGAUCACCUCGCGCUGCGACGCCAUAGGGGAGGUGAAGGAGUACGAGCCUCCGUUCGGUAAGGUGCGGGAGCACCCAUGUGUGGAGAGCAUGAAGGACAGCGUGCUCAGGGACAGAGGGCGCCCAGAGAUGCCCAGCAGCUGGUCCAACCAUCCGGGCAUUCAGUCGGUGUGUGGCACCAUAGAGGAGUGCUGGGACCACGACCCAGAGGCCCGGCUGACAGCGCAGUGUGUGGCCGAGCGCUUCAACGACAUGGACAUGGAGCUGGACAAGCUCUCCGAGCGCAGCGUCUCCCAGGAGAAGAUCUCAGAGGACUGCUCCGUCAGCGAUGAGAAGUAGUGCUCUCGACUACGCAUCGCCCCCUGCUGGACUGGCUGUGACACACAGCAUGCCACCCCACCAUCAAUCCCAUGCAAGUAAACUGGACAGAACUUCACUCUCCCGGCCUGUUUCAGGUGCCUGACUCUGUCUAUGCAAGCAGAGGGCCUCCCACAGAAUGACUUUACUCAUUCUCAGUGUUUCAGUUUGAAUUGAACUGAAUCGCUUGAAAAAAAAAAAAACAAGGCAACCAGGAGAAGAAUUGUGGAGAACUGAUGCCUCACUUAUGGACAGUGUUGGCCAGAACAGAGGGAACUUCAGAUGUCUUCCUAACUAAAACUGUUUUGCACUUUAUCAGAAUCAGUACCUAAUGCAUACCAAAUAAUACUCCUUUUGACAGUACAGUCUAUAUUUUAAUAUAUAGGAGACCAUUUUCGUGGAAAGGACAAGAGCCAAUAUGUUUUAACACUAAUGAUUAUGAGGUCUGUGCUUAUGCGAGCAAGUUUUUUUUAAUCAGCAGUAUGUAAUUAUUAGUGCUUAAAGGGUCAGGAGAGACUGCAGCUUGCAGCUUUAUUAAAUGAAAGGGAGCUGUAAUCAUUGAAGCACAAAAUGAAAAAAGUGACUUCACGUCUGCGGAGCAAAGUGCUUUACACAACAGGAAUGCAGAAUAACCAAAGUGAGACGACGAUGAUGAAAAGUCUCAAAUGUAUCUUGCCAAAGACAAAGCUUAAAGGGUGUGCCUUGGUAAGGAGGGCAUGUUUAAAAGUUUCAUACUGAAGACAGUUGUUUUACAAGGACAUUCACAGAAAAAGGGAAGAUCCUUUUGGGAAGUGAUAUGGACACUUUACUGCAGCCCAAGAGAGAACUGGAGACUGAAUGACUUCAGACUUCCUGAAGUGACACUUGACUAUCGUCCAGGAAUCAUCUGCUGAUCUACAAAAGCAUUGGAUUUCCUAAGACUACGAGACAAAAACACAGUCUUCCUGUCAACCAAGCUAUCUGUGAAUGCCUUUUUUAAAUGUACAGUUUAUAAGGAAAAUAUUAAAACUGAGUAUAUACAUUUUUAAGAAAA